CGAUUGAGUGUUUUAAUUAACAAUAUGGAUGAGCCUUGGAGAAAGAUACUGAUGAAUUUGGUUCUAUUUUAUCCCCAUGUUGCAUUAUUCAGCAUCCCAGUGGGGACACUUGCAUGUAGCUUUCAGAAGGACUGUGAUAUGUGGACGGUUAUUAACAAGGGAGGAAAAGGCACAUUUGUGGAGGCUGACACAUUGCCAAAGACAAUGACAGCCCAGGACUCAGUAACGAAGUUUAGUAGAGGGACAUUUCUGCUGUUAGAUGGUACUCAUGGUAAAACUUCAUCAGCCGUAGUUAGUUCCUGUUACUAUAGCCACCAGUCAGCACCACCAUCAAUAUAUCAACUUCACCUAGAUGUUCUGCUGUACCGUGAAGAGAGCAAUGAAGACAACCUGACCAUAAGUUACUGGGUCCGCAGAAAAGAGACCAUUGUCAGAGUUAUUCCUGUAAAUAAAACGCUCAGGUGGCAGACAUUGUCAUUAGAGAUAGAACCUACAGAAAGUUUACUACCUAUUAAGUUUCAAGUGACAGGCAAUAUUGGAAAUAGAAACACCUUAAUGGCAGUGGGCAACAUUAAAGUAGAGGUAUCUUCAGAUGGUGAAAAAUUUAAACCUGUUUACUUUACCAGUCAGCCAUCCUGCAGUGACAAAACCAGCGGACCAAAGGAUAUCUCAAAAGACACGUAUUGUUAUGAGGGAAUGCCAGAAGGGGCACAUUGUAACUUUGAAGAAGGUCUCUGUGGAUGGAGAAAUGUACAAGGCAAGGAUGAACUUGAGUGGAUCAGACAUAAAAAUGCCACACCAACUGACCGAACUGGACCUCAGUUUGACCAUACCACAGGAACAGCUCACGGUCAUUAUUUGUAUGUUGAAAUGGACAAUGGGAGACAUUUAGAUGCUGGUAUUCUAGAGAGCCCAGUGUUUCCAGCUCCCAGUGCCUCAGUCUGGAAUUCUUCCUCAUCAUCAAAUGGGAAAUGUCAGCUAGCUUUUUACUACCAUAUGUAUGGUACUCGAGUGAGUAGACUCAGAGUGUCUCUGGUCAGUGCAUGUAGACUUGGAAUCAAUCGCCCAAUAGAAAUCCUGAAUCUGAAUGUCAGUGAGGACAAGUGGAAAUGUGCCUCUGUAUCUCUUACCAAGGACAUUCCUAGAAAUUUUGGGCCGUACUUCAUACAGAUAAAAGCAUUUCGUGGAUAUACACAAAGGGGAGACAUUGCUUUGGAUGAUAUAUCUAUCAGUCCAGAGUGCUUCCAAGAUAUAGCUAAAGAAGAGCAAUCCAGCAAUGGAGAACUCUGUGAACCAUUGACUUCAACAGAAGAAACUACCAGCACCUCUUUAACCAGUACCAUACCAGGACUUAUCUUCAAGUGGCAAAAUGGAACAAAAUAUAAAUUUAUCAAUUGCAACGCCUUUGGAUCAGCUGGCCCUAUGCAGUCCCAGUGUGACUCGGUUUAUAAAUCCACCAAAACAGAUGUCAAGAUUGUGGACAGCGGGUCUCUUCAUGGAAUACAAAUGUGGACUGUUCCUGAAAAUGGCACCUAUGAGUAA